AUGGAUGAGUUGGAGCGAAAAUUGUUGGACGUGCUGGCGGAUGUGCAAGCUUUGCGACAGACGAAUGAGAAGCUGGAUAUGAUCUUGGAGUCGAGGGAUUUAGCUGGCGCAAAUGCUGCACAUGAACGUAGCUGUGUAGGAGCUCCUUUGGAGGCAGUGCAAGAGGAGAAUUUGGAGGGAGAGAGCCUUGAGCUGGAAGAGUCCAACUUGCGCAAGAUUCCUCAUGGAACGGGUGAACCUGAUGCGUAUGACCUCAGACCACACUUCGGCACUGACAUGCAGCACCAGGAAGAGAAGCCAAGAACGCGGACUGAACAAAAGGAACAGCAAGAGCCUACGGGAGAUGAAGCUUACACCAGAGAUGGCACCAGAGACGGCUUGUGCUCCUUCCCUUCCUUUGAGGCCGAAGCCUCCUUCCCUGGUGGGCCAGAGGUUUCAGUGGAGGAGGCAGGAGGGGUCAAGGACGAGCCGGCCAAGAACGUCUUGGUGCUGGCGGAGGAACAGGAGGCGGAACAUGAUGCAGAGGAGGAUGACCCAGAGCUCAACGCCAUGUGGGAAUCCUUUUUUCCUGCGCAGGCCUUUGACUUGCCCAGCAGUCACGAAGUUCCUGUCGAAGCAGCGCCUGCAGAAGCCACCCCGACGCCUCCAAGCAAGGUGUCAGACCAACAGCAAGAUCAAAGCGACGUCCAGGUCCAAGACAGGCCACAGGGCAAGAAGGGAACAAAGGAUGUGACGUCCAUGAGUCGCAGGGAACGGAUUCGACUGCUUGAACGAGAAGAGGCACUUCUCGAGGCACAAGAGAUGUCACAAGCGAUGGAAAGCCAAGAAAGUCAUGGCCAACCAAGCCGGUGCCAAACCAGUGGAGAGACGGAAGAGGAGGUCUUUGAGGAUUCUGCUCAGCUGGCGCUCCAUGCAGCUCACGCCCUCCAUGAACAUUUGCAGGGAGUAGAACUGGAGGAGGCCACAGAUCCGAACGGAAUCGCUACACGCAAGGAGCGGAUUGCACUGCUGCAGAGGGGGGUGGCUGGAGAGAAUAUUGUGGACGAAGCAGAUUUCCCUCCAUGCCCGAGUGACAGUCAAUGGGAUGCUCGACGCCAACAUCGUAAAGCACGACUGCAGCGGAAGAAGCCGGCGGUUGACUGCCACGACGUAGAGUUAACCACGGUUUUGCCACAAGAUGCGGUGGAAUGUCUUGCGGGUGACGAAAAGCUUGCAGCCUACAAGUCCCUAGCAAGACAUUCACAUCGCUUGGACACAGAGAGUUUGGUGAGAGCUGUGGAAUUGAUGCUAGCUGGACCAAAGCCCCAAACAGAGUCAGACGCGCUGGCCUGUGCAGAGUCUUUGUUGGGAAACCUUUCUGCCCAAAUGGGCUCUUUGGGCUUUGCGCCUUUGAUGAAUUGCUUGAAGCUGAUGGCUUAUGCAGAGGUGCAGGAGCAGACCUACCUCGACAUGCUUCUAGCCCAGCUGUUGGUUCUUUUCAGGCGGGAUGGUGGCAGCUUCAGUCCGUCCAUGCUGACCCCGAUUUGCGGGGCUUUGGGUCAUCUUCAGGAGGUGGGCAUCAGCGCCAAACGCGGGGCCAGCGGCAGCAACUGCACAGCAAAUCGAAGGUGCCUUGAGAUACUGACGCAGCUUCUCACCAGGCACAUUUCGGAGUUCGCGGAAGAGGAGCUAGCGACCUUGGGCGCGAGCUUCGUCCUGAACUACAUGGACGAUGUCUUGCGGCGGUCGGUCCUUCGACAGGCAGCAACUCUCCAAGCAGGAUUGGGUGAUUGCCCAACUUGGGUGACAAACUCCAUGGUGCACAUCGAAGAGGCAGUGAGGACGCACUCCUUCGCGUUCAUUGCCAGCCUACCUGACGAGAGCAAGGACUACCUUUUGAAGCUCAAGACCAUCCGCCAGGCAAAUGAAAACCCAGCCAGUGGCUUGUUGUAG